UGGACAGGAGGCGGGGCCGGGCGCAGCAGGGAAGUCGGUGACUGCGGGCUCCCAGCAGCAGUAGCAUCCGGUCACCGUUGUACGGCGCACCGCGCUCCUCCUCCGUCACCAGUACCGAGCGGCGGGCCCCCCGGGAUACGGCUGCCAGGAAGCCUGCGGAGAUUUAUACUGAUCUGUGUAGUGCAUCCACAGCUGGAGGAGCAUUAUGCAGCCUGCUCAUUAUUCCGUUUUCAUCUGACGUGUGCUGUGGUACAGUCUCUUCACCCAAUAUUUUAGACCAAUGUGAGGGAGGAAUCACAAAUAAGACUUUUAUAGGCACAUUUGUCAUGGGACUGGCUGAGCAGUGUCUACAAGGAUGGGCGUGCUUGCUGCUGCUUCUCCUGGUCAGGAUGACUGAAUAUGGGACCAGUGCUGAGUAUUCUGACAACUUUCGUCUUACAGGACUCCCACUGGCCUGCGGCGGGAUUCCUGAGCAGAUUCGUCAGCCCAGCGGCAUCAUCACCAGUCCCGGGUGGCCUGAAGAUUACCCUCCUAGAAUAAACUGUAGUUGGUACAUCCAUGCAAACCCAGGAGAAAUAAUCACAAUAAGUUUUCAAGAAUUUGAUCUCCAGGGAUCGGCCACCUGCAGCUUCGAUUGGUUAUCCAUAGGCCCGUCACAGAGUUCAGAUGGCGUUAGAGCAUGUGGCUCUACAAUCCCAGCCCCAUACACAUCCCUUCAAGACCACGUGUGGAUCAAGUUCCACGCAGAUGACCGUAUUUCUAGGAAAGGAUUUCGGCUGUCUUAUAAUGCAGCAAAGAAAAAAUGUGAGCGGAAUCGAUUCCGUUGCGACAAUGGAAAAUGUAUAUCCGAAACAUUGAAAUGCAACCGGAUGGACGAUUGCGGCGAUGGUUCUGAUGAGAAGUUGUGUGCCAAAGCUAAUCGCCCAACGGAGUCUUCAUUUCAGCCCUGUGCUUCCAACAGGUUUCAGUGCCUGUCGCGUUUCACUAAAGCCUACACUUGCCUUCCCAACUCUUUGAAAUGCGAUGGAAACAUCGAUUGCCUGGACCUAGGGGAUGAGAUUGAUUGUGAUGUACCCACUUGCGGGCAGUCGCUUAAAUACUUCUAUGGAGCCUUCAGUUCGCCAAACUACCCAGACUUCUAUCCACCCGGCAGCAACUGCACGUGGCUUAUUGACACCGGAGAUCGACGCAAGGUUAUUUUGCGUUUCACAGACUUCAAGUUGGAUGGUACUGGCUACGGCGACUAUGUGAAAAUAUACGACGGGCUCGAGGAAAACUCCCAUAAACUGUUGCGGGUUUUAACAGCAUUUGACUCCCACGCUCCCCUUACAGUAGUCUCUUCCUCCGGGCAGAUACGGGUGCAUUUCUGUGCCGAUAAGGUGAAUGCAGCCAGAGGAUUUAAUGCAACGUACCAAGUGGAUGGAUUCUGCCUUCCAUGGGAGAUUCCCUGCGGCGGUAACUGGGGCUGCUACACGGAACAGCAGCGAUGUGACGGCUACUGGCACUGCCCCAAUGGGAGAGAUGAGCUGAACUGUACAAUGUGCCAAAAGGAUGAGUUCCCUUGCUCCAGAAACGGGGUCUGCUACCCCCGUUCCGACCGGUGCAAUUACCAGAAUCAUUGCCCCAAUGGUUCCGAUGAGAAGAAUUGCUUCUUUUGCCAGCCGGGUAAUUUCCACUGCAAAAAUAACCGCUGCGUCUUUGAAAGCUGGGUGUGCGAUUCUCAAGAUGACUGCGGGGACGGCAGCGACGAGGAGAACUGCCCCGUGAUUGUGCCCACACGUGUGAUCACAGCGGCUGUCAUCGGCAGCCUCAUAUGCGGGCUGCUGCUGGUCAUCGCAUUGGGGUGUACCUGCAAGCUCUACUCUCUGCGCAUGUUUGAACGCAGGUCCUUUGAGACACAACUCUCGCGUGUGGAGGCUGAUUUAUUGAGACGGGAAGCUCCCCCUUCUUAUGGACAACUGAUCGCCCAGGGUUUGAUUCCACCCGUGGAGGACUUUCCAGUGUGCUCUCCAAACCAGGCUUCAGUUUUGGAAAACCUAAGACUUGCUGUGCGAUCUCAGCUGGGAUUCACAUCCAUUAGACUCCCGAUAGCCGGCAGAUCCAGCAACAUCUGGAAUAGAAUUUACAAUUUUGUGCGGUCCCGAAACUCUGGUUCUCUGUCCUUGGUGUCCACAGAUGGAGACUGUUCUACAAACCAGGGUGCAAACAGAGAUGGAGACCGGGGCAGCAAUCACAGGGGACUCUUCUCUGUGGAGUCUGAUGACAUUGAUGGGGAAAAUGAGAGGAGAGAUGCCCAAGGGGCAGUUGGCGGUGUCGCUGCCCCGUUGCCUCAAAAGACUCCUCCAGUCUCUGCUGUGGAAGCCACAGUGAGUGGCAGUGGGAGCACUUUGACUCCAGCAUCCAGCAGUAGCACAACAGAUAACAUCCGGGAUAGACCUGCCCUGGAACCGCCUGUUGUCAGCCCAGCACGCCAUCAGCUCAGCAGUGCUCUUAGUAGAAUGACUCAAGGUUUGCGUUGGGUACGGAUUACACUUGGGAGGUCUAGCUCUGCAGGUCAGAACCAAAGCCCUCUGAGGCAGCUUGACAGCAACGGAGGAGGAAGAGGGGAAGAAGAUGACGACGAUGUAGAGAUGUUGAUUCCAGCAUUAGACAUUGACCUUAACGACUGUACUAGACCAUUACUUGAUCUUACCUCCGAUCAGGGGCAAGGACUUGCACAGCAUAGCGCAUCGCCUCCUGGCGUGAGGUCCUGCGGCCGCGACGGUCCCUGUGAGUGCUGUGGUAUCGUCCACACCGCUCAAAUCCCAGACACGUGCUUGGAAGCCGUGCUCAAGAAUGAAACUAGUGAUGACGAGGCAUUGCUACUCUGCUAGACACGCAACACUGUGGAUACACGUUUUGGAGCAAUAUCUAGUCACUGUUUUGUACUUCACAGGAAUAAAUGUAUGGUUGAAAAAUUCAGACGGGGACAAGUUACUACAGACCCAAGAUUGGCUUCAUGGCACUUGUAGUUCCUACCGUGAAUGUGUUAUCUGCAGAAAUUUAGGAGGAUGGGCCCAUGAGCUCUUAUAACGGUACAGAGUUAGAAUAUGGUUUACGCUAUAGAACAGUUAGUUGUGUACACGUGUGGCUCUGUGAGCAAGUGUUAAUUUACCAGGACACAACUAGUUAUAUACUGUAGGUGGCUUCGCUUUGGAUGCAACGCAAUGGCCUUCAGACGCAAAGAUCGUGUUCGCAAAAGUUGAAUGCAAAUCGGGGGCAGAUCAGGAGUCGAUGUUAUGUUUUAUUUUUGUUUGUUUUGUUUUUGUUGUUUUUAUAUAGUUUAUUGGAAUGUAAUAUAUGUAAAAAAAAAUGUGCUCUGUUGUUUUAACUAAUUUACUACUUGUAUCACAUUUGUAUUUGCCUGAAAUGAGAUCUUCAUAGUUGGUAAAUUAGUGAUUUCGAAAUAGCUUUUGUGGGCUCUUGCCUUUGGUUAAAUCUUGGAGAUUUGUUGUCCAGAAAGUGUCGCACACAGAACUGCAAAUUGUUUACUGUAUGGGUAUAUACUGUAUGUGCCUAUGUUCUUAGGUGUCGCUGCUAACACACAUCGCACAGCUUGCUAAAAAGAAAAACAUUAAAAUGUUCGUCAACAUACUCACUUUCUGGGAACAUCCCGGUUUUAAGAGACGCAAAGCAUGUUUGAUUUGUGUAAAAGCUCGGGCAUCGGCAUUGGGGAUUAUGUAAAAACAUGAUUUAGAGCAGCGUUGUGCAACAAUUUACAGCAGCCAAUCGGAUACCAGAAUUUGUAGUGGAACCAUUUAAAUGUAACAUCUGAGAUUUGGGUGCAUGCUUUGGUAUUGGUGGCAAUGACUGCAAUCUUGGCUGCAACAUUGUAUCUGUAACAAAACAUGUUGCACUGCAAGGGGAGUAAACAUUUUCUUGUUGCAUGCAGGGUAAAUACGGGCUGCUUUUGCUUGUAGCCCACAAUCACUGGACAGCUCUAUUUUUACAUUGCAAUUAACAUGAGUUUGGAAUCGCCCCACCCAAAUAUAAAUUUGCUACACCCCCAGGGCACCAUUAUUUUUUAUUUAUUUUUUACAAGGGGCACAGUUACUUGCUCUUCUUUGCUCUGCUCCCAAUACAGUGUUUGGAUUACAGACGAUUAUGUUGCCUCAUGUUCUGUUCCUUCAGGUCGCUAUUGAAUAUGCCCAUAACUCUGGUCUAAAGAUGUGUGGUCUCUUUAUAUUUACUGAAACAUAAUUUCCCAAGUAACCUUCUUUACAGUAUUUAAUUAUUAUUACCUCCUUUCUCUUUUUGAUUAGCUUCUUUCCUUUUGAGGGAGGGGGGCGGCUAUUUCUAUACACCCUCCCCAUUCCCCUCCCCCAGUGCCUAACCCUAACCUGUACCUCAAUAUUUUCAAGAUGGCAGCUGUCGGGUUUCUGGCGCUGGUCUCCUGAGUGGUUUUGGGAUUCCAGUGACUGCAUCACGGCCGCUGCUUCUUAUCGGUGCUAUAUUAAACCGAACUUUAAAGGGUAAACCUCGCCCACACAUUAAGGCAGCCAUAUUAAGGUAUGAGCCAGUAUUGAUAAAAAUGUCUUAUACUUUCGCUAGGAACUAGUGACAUCACAAGGCAUAAAGGGGCAGAUGUAUUAACCUGGAGGAGGCAUAA